AUGAUGUUCGCAAAGAAGGAUGUUCUCCUUCUAGUCUCCCUGGCAGCUUCGACUGUGCAGGGACAUAUUAUUAUGACUUCUCCACGGCCUUUUGGACAAGACACUUUGACCAAUUCUCCCUUGGCUGCCGAUGGUUCUGAUUUCCCAUGCAAGCUCCGGGGCAACACUUAUGCCUACACCCCCGAUGUUCUCGCAGCCAACACCUACCACGUUGGUGACUCACCUCUCUUGAGCUUCAAGGGUGGUGCGACUCACGGCGGUGGUUCUUGCCAAGUCAGCUUGACCACGGACCUGGAGCCUACAGCUGAUUCCAAGUGGUUCGUCAUCCAUUCCAUUGAAGGAGGCUGUCCCACGAACGCAGCUGGAAAUAUCGGAAAUGACGCCAAUGCACCUGUUCCAACGACAUUCAACUUCACGAUUCCUGACAUCGCUGGAGGCCGGUAUACCUUGGCCUGGACCUGGUUCAACAGAAUUGGUAACCGCGAAAUGUACAUGAACUGUGCUCCUGUCGAAAUCAUUGGUCAGGGCGGUAGCAAGAAGCGAGAGGAGGAGACAUCGUUGUCCAAGCGAGCCGAUUUCCCGGAGAUGUUCGUCGCCAAUAUCAAUGGAUGCACUACUUCAGAGGGUUUCGAUAUUCGUUUCCCAAAUCCAGGUGAUUCGGUAGAACAACGUGGCGACGCUAAAAAUCUUCUUCCAUCGGGCCAGCCAGCCUGUGUUGGAGGAAAAGGACCUGUGACUGGUGACGUUUCUGCCUCUACUCCCACUGGCACUGGCUCGGCUAGUGUACCCUCACCACCACGGCAACGGCGACUGCUCCGGAGAACACUGUGCAGCCAGUUCCGGCCCCAACAUCCACGGAACCAGCUGCUCCUGUUGUAA